CCGUCGAUUUUGACGUCGACGGAGACUUGCUUGCCUGCCGCUCCAGCUGUUCCUCGCCGCUGUGCUCCCUCCGCCCGUCAGCCCGCUGCCGUGCUGUGCGCCCGCAUAUCCGAUGCCGCAGCGACCAUGACAGGCAUCGCCGCUGCUUCUUUCUUCUCCAACGCUUGCAGGUUCGGCAGUUGCGGACUUAACUUCGAUUCUCUGGCCGAGCUCAUCGUGCACAUCGAGGAUAACCACAUCGACACAGACCCUCGCCUUCUGGAGAAGCAGGAGCAGCAGCAGCCCACCUAUGUGGCCCUCAGCUACAUCAACAGGUUCAUGACAGAAGCUGCGAGGCGGGAGCAUGAUGCGCUGAAGAAGAAGAUGCAGCCCAAGUUAUCUGUGUCUCUGACGGGCAGCCUGUCCCGCAACAGCGUGUCUACGCCACCUCGCCACACCAGCGGGAACCUCACCCCUCCAGUCACCCCUCCCAUCACCCCUUCCUCAUCUUUCCGCAGCAGCACGCCCACAGGCAGCGAGUGCGACGAGGAGGACGUCGACUUUGAGGAGUCCGACAGCGACGAGUCGUGGACCACGGAGAGCGCCAUCAGCUCAGAAUCCAUCCUCAGCUCCAUGUGCAUGAACGGAGGCGACGAGAAGCCCUUCGCCUGCCCCGUGCCUGGCUGCAAGAAGAGAUACAAGAAUGUCAACGGGAUUAAAUAUCACGCCAAGAAUGGCCACAGGACACAGAUUCGGGUGCGCAAACCCUUCAAGUGCCGCUGCGGGAAGAGCUACAAGACAUCUCAGGGUCUUCGUCAUCACACCAUCAACUUCCACCCGCCCAUCUCCGCCGACAUCAUCCGCAAGCUGCAGCAGUCGUGAGGUCAUAAGGUCAUGCCGAAAGGUCAACAUCACCAGCAGCAGUGUUUCUUCUUCACUCUGUCACACUAUACUUCUUCUUUAUUUGCAUGCUUUGGAACCCACAUGACUUAUUAGGAUUCAUCCACGCUUCUUUUUAACUUUUGUAUUUUGCACAGUCAAGCUAUGAAAAUGUCGAGUUUAUUUUUGACGUAUAUAUUUUUUUUGGGGUGGGGGGGGGGCCUAUGGUGCUUGUUGGUGAAACAAAUCGCCUGACGUGUCGUUUUUCAUCACCAUGCCUUGUCAAUGCCAAAAAUGCACCCCUUUUGAAGGCCACAACAUUAGGCACACCAGCACAAUAAUGACUGAAUAAAUCCAUGUGAGGAUUUUAGCAUGUGCCUAAAAUUGUGGCCAGUCAGAGUAUAUCUCAUUUUAUUAUCGCCCACGUGUGAGCACCCAACUCAGGUGACGUUUGCAAGCAUUUCAGCAACGUGUUCGAACAGUGUUUUAACUCCUCAAUAUCAAGCACUUUUUCUCUCUUAACAAGUUGCCAACCAAUGAGCAUUUUUGCCAACCUCACGUUCCUAGUUCAUGUAAAUAUGAGGGGUAGGGGUGUCUCAAUACGAUACUGAUAUUGGAUAACGGUUCGAUAUCAUCAAAAGUGCCGGAUGAUAUCGGCCACAAGCAGUCCUGCAGAGCCUUGACUUGGACAGCCAGUUGUCAUCUAAAUGUCCUCCAAAAAGCACACAAGGUUGGUCUAUUUUUCUAUUUUAGUCAAGUCCUUUACUAAAGGUAAACAUGUAGUCUCUCUGAGCUAGCAGCUACACAACAGCUAAGCACACAAAGUAGAAGUGCUUAGUAAGUGUUUAAAACAGGACAUUUUUCAAUAUAAACAAGUAUGAAAUAAUCAUAGUUGCAUAUAACCGAUACGAAAAGUCUACAAGGCAGGAGUGUCUUAGAAAGUGUCCAGUAACAAAUGUGUCCGCAUCAUCUUUUGACUUACUGUGACAUGAGCCUAACUUCAUGAAUCGUGAUGGCCAAAGAAACAAUUACCACUCCACUUCAACUCAAUGAUUGCGUAAGUCUAUUCCAGAUGGUUAAUAAUAAAUAGGUUUGUGUUUUUCACACCUGCCAUUGGUGUCAUUUCCCUUUCGCCUAAUUUCAGGAGAUCAAACCUUUUCCAACAUUCCACGCUACAAGAUGAAAGUGUGUAUUAUGAUUCCUGCUGAUAUCGUAUCGGACAAAUAUCGGUAUUGACCAAAAGGCUCCAAUAUCAGUAUUGGAAAUGAAAAAGUUGUAUUGGGACAGCCCUAAUAAAACGAAAGUGAAAGUAUACAAGAGCUACUGUAUACUGACAGUUUGGCAGUCAAAGUUUCAAUGUUUCCAGUUUUGUGAUGUUUGUCUUUGUCUUGAAUCGUCAACCAUUCCAGAAUCCAGAUGGUGUCAGUGGAGGCAGAUGUUGGAGCAGGGGUGUCUGAACAAAACGUGGCUACAUUUUUACUUUUGCAAGCUUUUUUUUUUUUUCCAUUGAUUCUUAGCAUAUUCUGAGAGAGUCAACAAUUCAUUAUUAAUAGGAUGUCAUAUCUAUAUUAUGAGUAGUGCUGUCAAAAGAUUCUUGUUUUUUAAUCAGAUCAAGCACGAUUAAAUCAGUAAAAGUAAUCAGUUGCUUAAGUUGAAUAACUUCAAAAAAGACCCCAAUAUUUGGACACAAAUGCAAUUUGAUAAUCAGAAUGUCAUACAGGGACGCAUUUUAAAUGUGUUGCUUCAAUGCACAACAUUUAUUUGCUCCAAAAAUGUGGACAGUUUUAAUUAAAGUCCAGUGCGGGUGUAUUUUUAAGUGAAAUUUGCACAUUCGGAUCUGAUGUUUGCAUUGAUCUGACCAUACAACAACACACCUUUUUGGUAACCAUUUGUGGUUAAAAUAAACUGUGGGAUUAAUCUGCGUAUAUGCAUGAUUAAUUGUGAUUAAUCACAAUUUAAUGCAUUAUAUUUGACAACCCUAAUUUUGAGAUAGUACGGUAUCAUGCGACCCUCACGAGUAGUUUGGACACCCCUGCAUUCCUGAUGUCUAUUUGUAGUUGUGAAGCUGUGUUCUAAGAGCUAAAGGAGGCCUUUGCACUACACUAGUUUUCAUGGUAUUAAAAAAAAAAAGUGCCACCAAUCAUGUUUUAGAAAUCGAUUUUUCACUGCAUGGCAUGGAUGUUUGCAUUUUGAUGGAGAGUUGUGACAGUGUUGUACUGCCAGACGUCUUUAAUAAGCGUGUACAGUGAAUGUAAUAUGCUUCAAGUGCAUUAAAUUAUAUUUUCAUAUGUUUCUGGAGGAGGGGUGGUAAAAAAAGACUAUUAUGUAAAGAAGGUAUUCAUGUUUAAAAAAAUUUAAAAAAACAAGCUGCUUCAUGUACAUUUUUGUUAUGUUUGGAAUAAAAAGGUGUU